GCCAGGAGCAAGAUUUGACCAGGUUGUAGAAGAUGUGGGAGAGAUCACAAAAGGUUUGACCAGCUCUGAUUACCUCUUGGUGAUGGCAGGCACAAAUAAUGUUGAGAAAUCAGGUGUCAAGCAGCUCAUGAGUGAUGUUCAUACAUUAAUUAACAAUACAAAGCACACCACCCUCCUGCUGGCUACACUACCCAUGAGGCAUGACCGCUGGGAGCUAGAUGAAAAUAUUACAAAAAUAAAUGCUGAACUGGAGAACAUUAGCGAAGUGCACGAUGGCAUGGUGAAACUUCUUCCCCUCCAUCUCCUGCCUCGACAUAUGUUCACAGUGCAUGGUUUACACAUGAACCGAAGAGAACCACAGCAAGCUGAGAAACCUACUCCCGAGAGCCGUACUCCAACAUCCACUCCAACGGUGUCUCCCGGUGAUCGCAGCUACGCAGAAGCCACAGCUACACCUAGAGGUCACAACAGAUCACAAGAAACCACCUUCUCUACACACCUCAAGCACAACACUCUCUCUGGAUAUUUGAAACGGCAAGCUUUAUACUCGUGCUUGACCUGCCUGCCUGCUGACAAGUCAGAGCAUGCCGGAGUCUGCUUGGCCUGCAGCUACCACUGUCAUAGUGACCAUGACUUAGUCGAACUCUAUACUAAAAGAAACUUUCGGUGUGACUGCGGAAACAGACUUUUCAAUGGGAAGAAGUGCACUUUGGACCCUAUAAAGAGCGAGAUGAAUGAGAACAACAGUUACAACCAGAACUUCCGUGGUGUCUAUUGCUGCUGUCAGAGACCGUACCCGGAUCCAGAGGAUCCUGAAGACGAUGAGAUGAUACAGUGUGUAGUCUGCGAGGAUUGGUUCCAUACAAGGCACCUAGACUCAAGUGUGCCAAAAGAAGACGAUUACGGUGAGAUGAUCUGUGGUACAUGUACUGAUAAGCUGCCAUUCCUUCAGUACUACCUCGGUUAUGCAGUGAGCAAAAUAAUGAACACUGCUGACAAAAAUGAAAGUUCUGAAAACAUAAAUGUUGAUGAUGACUCCCCGGCUGAUACAGAAAAACAGGUGUCUAACAAGAUGUCACCACCCAAGGAGAGUGCUGCUAGCAAAACUUCUGAGACCAGCGUUCCUGUGAAUCAAGAAAAUGGUACCAAUACAGAUAUUAUACACUCAAAAGAUGCUUUGGAAACAAAUGAUAAGCUGCAGAAAACGCAAGAGAAAAACAUAUUCUUGAAGAUACCAAAGAAAAUUCCCAUUGUUGGUUUUGGAAAUGUAACAGAUCAGACGGGUUCUGAAAUUGCUUCUCCUUCUAAAGAAUCUGAUAAAUGUGAAGAAAAAGAAUGUCUUCUUAAGAAAUUAAAAAUUCUGCCAAGACAAAGUGGAGCGACAUUUUGGCCAGAAGGUUUCAGAAAAUUGCUCUGCACGUGCGUUUCGUGUAUGGAAACCUACAAGAAGCACAACGUGUCAUUUCUAACAGACGAGGAAGACACAGUUCGCUCGUACGAGGACAAGGGCAAGUUACGCAAGAGAGAAGCUGGUCCGACACAGUAUGAGAGAGGCAUGGAGGCUUUGUCCUCACUUGACAGGGUCCAGCAGAUGGAGGCUAUUUUGGGCUACAACGAGAUGAAGACUCACCUAAGCGAGUACUUGGCCAAGUUUGCGGAGAACAAGAAGGUGGUGAGAGAGGAAGAUAUUAAAGAGUUCUUCUCGGGCAUGAAGGCUCGCAAACGUCAGAAACUAGACAUCCCCUACUCCUGUCGUUAGCACAUUCCAUGCUGUGAGUCAGUUCUAUGUUCUUCAAAUUGGAAGUAUUCAUUCAAUGUUAUUAAAGUAUCUGUGAAUAUAUUACUUAAAUAUGAA